AUGGGGGCUGGUGUGCAUGAGAUGAUGGGGGCUGGUGUGCAUGAGAUGAUGGGGGCUGGUGUGCAUGAGAUGAUGGGGGCUGGUGUGCAUGAGAUGAUGGGGGCUGAUGUGCAUGAGAUGAUGGGGGCUGGUGUGCAUGAGAUGAUGGGGGCUGGUGUGCAUGAGAUGAUGGGGGCUGGUGUGCAUGAGAUGAUGGGGGCUGGUGUGCAUGAGAUGAUGGGGGCUGGUGUGCAUGAGAUGAUGGGGGCAGGUGUGCAUGAGAUGAUGGGGGCUGGUGUGCAUGAGAUGAUGGGGGCUGGUGUGCAUGAGAUGAUGGGGGCUUGUGUGCAUGAGAUGAUGGGGGCUUGUGUGCAUGAGAUGAUGGGGGCUGGUGUGCAUGAGAUGAUGGGAGCUGGUGUGCAUGAGAUGAUGGGGGCUGGUGUGCAUGAGAUGAUGGGGGCUGGUUUCUACAAAACGUCUCACAUUCACUUGUGCUGCUCGCCUUCCCCGUGCCCCUCAACUGACACUCUCCUCAGAGUCAUCUCUGCAGAGCACCUCACCUCACCCAGCAUCCUCACUCCUUCUCUUGUCCUUUCUCACAAUCUCACCCUCUCACCCACUCACCGUCUCUCCUCCUCACCUUCUCACCUGCAAUUCUCUCGCGCCUGCCGUAACCGGUCUUCCCACGUUCUUACUAGCCCACAUCACUCUCACUCACCUGAGGCGUCACGUCACGGCCCCUGCUUCCCUUCCCACCAGCCGUCACGGCCCCUGCUUCCCUUCCCACCAGCCGUCACGGCCCCUGCUUCCCUUCCCACCAGCCGUGCCAUCAACCAACCCCAGCCUUGGUGCCGUUCGCCCAUGAGCAGAUUUCUUAAUCGACUGAGACACGAUGACUCCCAGCACCUGCUUCUUCCUCAGAGCUCUGGCUCGCACGGAGUGCAGCGACGUGAUCCCCAACAGCCGCCGCGCCUCAUACCUGCCUGCUCUCGCCCCUUCCCCUACUCUCACCCUUCCUUUCAACUCUCUCUCUCACCUGUCGCUUUCAGCCCCGUUGCCUCAGCCAGAAGGGCUCUGGCGCGCACGGAGUGCAGCGACGUGAUUCCCACCAGCCGCCUUGCAUCGUACUUGCCUGCCCCCGCCAUGGCCUCUGCUGCUAUCGGCGCCGUGGCGUUGAGGGGGUUCGUGAUCACCCCUAUCACCGCCUGGAGUGGUGGAGACAGCGAGGAGGGCAGGAAAAAGGGGGAAAGGGGACUCAAUCAGUGGAAAGGAAGGGGAGAAAGAAGGGUUAGGGAGGUGGCGUUGAGGGGGUUCCUCUGGGCUGUGUUUUGCAAUCGACUCGCACUCUCGCACGCCCUUACCUCCGGGCUAUGUUUAGCGAUCGACUCGCACAGCCCUCUCACGAUCCCAGCGUUCAUGCAGAAGCGGUCCUCGUCCCCCAUGGACGACCGGUACGGCACUCCCCCUCUCCACGCAGUUCCCACACCCUUCACGCAUCUCAAAACCCCCUACCUCUGGGCUGUGCUUGGCGAUCGACUCGCACAAGCCUCUCACGAUCCCAGCGUUCAUGCAGAAGCGGUCCUCGUCCCCCAUGGACGACCGGUACGGCACUCCCGCCAGCACCAGCACCACGUGUGA